UGUGAACGCACAGUGACAGUGGAUACCUUUGUCAUUUCAUUGAAAUCCUGUGAACUGAUGUGGACAGGGGCGACAAAAGUAAACGUACCAGAGCGUAGAUCAAGGGAUGAAAUUCAGAGGGACGGAGGGAAGAAGAGGGAGAGGAUUUUUAACGGCGGACACAAAUUUAAUACAGGGAGAGAGAAGUUUUAAUUGGAACAGAGGAGAGAGAAACUGUGGGUUUAUGCCUUUGUGAGGUUUUAGAGAGAGAGAACAGGGGGUUGGGAGGGUUUAGAGAGAGACGAGAGGGGAUUGGACAAUUGUACGAGGAUGCAGGCAUAAAGCUUGACACCUAGAAAGGGCGAGGAGGUGAACUCAGAUUACAUGGAGAGGAUAGAGAAGAGAGAGGUUUGAUGAAAGAGAGAAGGGCCGCUUCUGUAUCUGUGAGAGUGAGAGAGAGGGAGAAGCAGGGAAGACUGUAAUCGUGACUUUUAGAUAGAUAAGACUGAUUUUUAGAGAGAGAAAGGAAGCAGCUCUGGUUCUACGCAACUUUUGAUGCAGUAGUGGUUCAAUCUCAAAUCUCUUUGAGAGGGAAAGCGGUGAAAUACAGCAGCGGAUGAAUCGAGGACGGGCUUUUUCGGAAGGGCAAAAUGAAUAACACUGAUCAAAUGAAUUGCAGGAGAUAAGUUCAAAGUUGUCACGGAAUUCUAGCUCUCCUUUCUCUCUCUAACUCUCAAAUUCUUGCUGUCCUUUCUCUCUCUAACUCUCAAUUCUUGAUGUACUCUCUCUCUCUAACUCUCCUUCGUAAGUUAGGGUGCGAUCAGGUUUGCUACUCUGUAUUCCAAGUUCUACUUAGCUACUUUCUCUCUCAUCUAUCGAUUAUUUAUCUCCAAAAUCUUAUAUGAUUUUCUCUCUCUUAUUCCCUAGUUUUGUCCUUAGCUUCUCUCUUUCUUCAAGAUCUGCUAGCUUAUUUUCCUUUUCAUUUCUCUGUACAUUUUUCUCUCUUUGAAUCUCUUCUUUAGAACGACUCAUCUCUAAGAAGUUCAGAUAUCUCCAAACCCUAAUUACAUUAGAUCCCAAUGACUGAACGGAAACUGUGUUCCUAUUAUCACCAAUUUCCAGCUGAAAUUCGCUCCGAAAUGUAGUGAUAUUGCAAAGUCUGGAGUUUCAGUGACUGGAUUAUCGCUGAGUUCCAGCUGGCUAAAAGUCGCCGGAAAAAUAAGCACAAGAAGCACAGAAGAGAUUGGUCCGGGGAUCGCCAUUCGUGAAAGACUGGAUGGAAGUUAAGUCUUCUUUGUGCAGGAGAGUUGCAGGGAAGAUGGCGCGGGCAUUGAAUGGCACCGCAAGCAGGACCUCGCUCCUCUUCCUACUCGCGUUAUUUAUUGGGGCCAUCAUCUCCGCUCGCUGGAUCGAUGUUUCUACUUUAAGCGCAAAGGGCGCCAAAGAACUAGCAGCAAGAUCCAAACCAUCGGUAUACAAAUCCCCCCAAAAACCCAGACCUCCUCUUCCUGAAAGACCCCUAAACUGCACGCCCAUCAACACAAACUGUUCAUCUCUCCCAUGGCCUCCGUUUCCUUCCAUUCAAAACCUGGACCCACCAACCUCCACUUGUCCGGACUAUUUUCGAUGGAUCCACGAAGACCUCAAGCCAUGGAAAGGCACAGGCAUCACACAAGAGAUGGUAGAAAGAGCAAGGAGAACGGCAACUUUUAGGCUUCUCGUUAUUGAUGGGAAAGUUUAUGUGGAGAGAUAUGCCAAGGCAUAUCAAUGUAGAGAUGAUUUUACUAUAUGGGGUAUGCUUCAGCUAUUUAGGAGAUAUUCAGGGAGGGUGCCUGAUUUAGAUUUGAUGUUUGACUGUGUGGAUUGGCCCGUGGUGAAGAGGUGGGAUUACAGGGGCCGUGUAGUGCCACCACCCUUGUUCCGCUAUUGCGGGGAUAAGGACUCACUGGAUAUCGUCUUCCCCGACUGGUCAUUUUGGGGCUGGCCUGAGAUAAACAUUGAGCCAUGGGAGGCCUUAUUGAAGGACUUGGAUGAUGGCAACAAAAAGAUCAAAUGGAUGAACAGGGAUCCAACUGCUUACUGGAAAGGGAACCCAUAUGUAGCUGAUACCAGGAAGGACCUUCUCAAAUGCAAUGUUACAGAGACUCAAGAUUGGAAUGCUCGUGUCUAUGUGCAGGACUGGAUAAAAGAGUCCCAGCAGGGAUACAAGGAGUCCAACUUAGCAAACCAGUGCACUCACAGAUAUAAAAUAUACAUCGAAGGGUCAGCGUGGUCUGUUAGUGAGAAAUAUAUUCUGGCUUGUGAUUCUCCAACUCUUUUGGUGACACCUCACUACUAUGACUUCGUCACCAGGGCUCUCAUGCCCACACAUCAUUAUUGGCCAAUUAAAGGAGAUGAUAAAUGCAGAUCCAUUAAGUAUGCUGUGGACUGGGGCAACUCCCACAAGCAAAAGGCGCAAGCUAUUGGGAAGACAGCAAGCAGCUUCAUACUAGAGGAUGUGAAGAUGGCUUAUGUCUAUGAUUACAUGUUUCACUUGUUAUCAGAGUAUUCAAAGCUCUUGAGAUACAAGCCAACGGUGCCUGAAAAAGCUGUGCAAUAUUGCUCAGAGUCCAUGGCUUGCCCAGCAAAAGGAAAUUAUGAGAAGUUCAUGAAGGAGUCAUUUGUAAAGGUUCCAAGUGAUUCAGAGCCAUGCAUUCUUCCUCCUCCCUUUGAGCCCCCGGCCUUGCAGUUACUCCUGAGGAGGAAAGCUAAUGCCAUUAAGCAAGUGGAAACUUGGGAGCAGAAUUCGAGGAAAAAAACCAAACUGUGAGUGGUUAGAUUUCUCUCUUUGCCAGAUGCAACCCAGAUCCUAGUGCUAGCCUCAGACCUUUGUAUUAUUGUCUCCCACUAUGUCUAAAUUAUUUAACUGAAUUAUUUUCAUAAUGGUUUUCCAUGGAAAGGUGAGGCUUUUUUAAUCCUUGUAUAUGUAUUUUUGUACUUGGUCUCUUAGCUAUGGCCCUGGGCCGUAUCCUCUGUAACAUUUGUAAUUUUUAUUACAUUAUUUCGCUUAUAGAUAAAAAGAAAUACGGAUUGUAAAA